UCUUUUAUUAUGAUAAUGAACUGGUUUUGUGUGUUUUCAACACAUUAAGUCAUUGUCCCCAUAACGUAUUAGAUAGUAUUAGACAGAUAAUUGUUAAACGUUCUCCAAACGUUGUUAGCUGGAAGCUAGCUGGCUAGCUCGCUCCCGGUCACUAAAUAGCAUUAUUUGUGGUCGUUUCUACAUUGUUGUCAUGACGUGGUAAUGCAAGAGAAGGCCUGAUAUCUGAACUAUUUUUUAUUUAUUUUUUUAUCUUUCAGAUUGACAUGUUCUGCCCGUUCUGUGUGGUGCAACUGGGGGACGCUCCCAAGUUUUGCCCGUCAUGUGGGCAGAAUGUGGGGUUCCUUACACAGCUUCCAUGAACUCCAUCCACCUCGUCAAGUGAAGGCUGUGGGCCUACAGAUUUCGAUUGGCAUCAUUUCAAGGACCAAGAAUGGGUUAAAACCUCAAAGAGGGAAAACCAUGCCGUUAAAUGUUGAACCCCAGUGGUCAACAACACAAAUCUUGCCAGCUGCUUUAAAGAAGCAGCGAGAUUUUAAUCAGAACGCAAUGGACGAUGGAGAAUAUGUGCUUCUCUAUCCUGAUGGCUCUCAGGUAGAAAAUAUACCUGGUACAGACAGACCUUUUGUUCUGGAGAAUUAUAAAGAGGCCAUUGGGAAAUCCUACCAAAGGAUUACGCUGUACAUCUGCCUUCUUCAGGAUUUGAGUUAUGGAGAUGACUCAUCUUCAGAAUCCGAUGAUUGUGAAGCAUUUGGUCGGCUUCCAAUGAAAAUGUCACCAAAACAAUCUCUGCCAACAACAUCCAGGGCAUCUGGUGGGCAAGCCAAUGGAGUAGGAGCAGGACCCAAAAAGACCACCUCACCAAACACAUCAUGUGAAUUCUACAAUACAUAUACAAAUGUAUAUGCACCAGUUGUCAUUGACAGCAGUUCCUCAGAUGUUGAGGAAGUCGACUACUCUCAGGUGGAAGACAGAGAGCAUGUUUUUGGACUGACUGCUGCUGACGUUUUGUCAAAUCUGUCAGAAGCUAUUGACACGAGCAACUGCAGCAGGUUCAACAUCAACCGUGCCAAUGUCUGGGAUGGGGCUCUGAGGGGAUUUAAGCGGUCCUCGUUUGACCCCACCGGUAGCCUUUUGGUGAAAUUCACCGACGACAUCGGGCAGACUGAGGACGCUGUUGACACAGGAGGGCCUACGCGGGAAUUCCUCACACUGUUGAUGGACGCCAUUAAAAACAGGCGUUUUUUUGAAGGCAGGGAAGAUGGCAAAUACCUGUCAUUUGACAGCAAAGCUGCCGACGGUGAUGAGUACUUCCAUGUUGGAAGAAUGGUGGCCAUGUCCAUUGUUCAUGGUGGUCCAGGGCCUCGUUGCUUUUCCGAGAACUUCUACCACUACCUAGUGGGUAAGGUGAAGACUAUUGAGGCCCCAAUUGCAGACAUACCUGAUCCUGAACUCAGGAAUGUUCUACUUGAGAUUAAGAAUGCAACAACUUUGCAAGAACUCUUGGAACUUGCAGAUAAGCACGCUAGCAUGCUUCAGACAGCAGGAUGCUAUCGAUGCCUGAGGACACUGGAGGAUAAGGAACAAGUUGUUAAUGAUUACAUCCAGUGGUAUUUCACCUCCCGCAACCAUGUUUCCUUCCAGGGGUUCAAGGACGGCCUGGCUACCCUGAACCUUUUCAAUGCUCUGGAACAACAUCCCUCCCUGUUCCUGCCUUACUUGGUCUACAGCGCGGAAGACCUGAAAGCAGAGACUCUAGAGGCGCUGUUCCGUCCACAAAUGAGCCCAACUGGUAGCUCAAACCGCCAGGAGGAGGAGAGAGUGCUUGGCUACUGGCUGGACUACUUAAUCGCUGUAAAAGAGGAAGCAUCUGGGCUGUCCCUGCAGGACGUUCUGAUGUUUGCAACAGGCCUAAAAUAAAUCCCAGCAGCAAAAUUAACACCACAGCCUCAACUCACAUUCCAGAAACACUCAAGGUUUCCUGAGGCUAAUGUCUGCUCAAACACAUUGAAACUCCCGAUAUUACCCUCAUAUGAGAUGUUUGAGGAUAAAUUAUAUCAAUUAAUCAGCCUGCUGUCUGUGUUUGUGUGUGAACGUUCCAAACGUGCAAAAACAUAAUUAUACAUUUAUGUGGCAUUCAGUCCAAUGCUUAAAAUAUCUGUGGCAUUCAGUAGGUCAAUGCUGUGGUAAAGUGUGUAAAGUAUAACCUAGUGUUUCUUUCUGUUCAAUAGAUAGAACUUUAUCAAUCCCCUGUAGGAGAAAUUUGUUAAUGUUUGUCCAAAUAAAACAAUAAUGAUAAAAAAAAAAAUACAAAACAUGACGGUAACUAAGUAAGUCAAACGGUCCAAUCUGAAGGCUCUACUUAAUCACUCCCCCUACUCACUUCCACCAAUG